UUCCCCGGACGGGGUUCGACAGCGACUCCGAGAGUCAGAGGGCGGAGCCGCGGGCGCCGUGGAUGGAGCAGGAGGAGCCGGGCUAUUGGGUCAGGAGCACCCGGAACGCCAAGGUCUCCGCACAGAUUUUCCUAGAGAGCCUGCACAACCUGCGCGGCUACUACAACCAGAGCCGGGACGGGUCUCACACGCUCCAGUUGAUGUAUGGCUGUGAAAUGGGACCCGACGGCCGCCUCCUCCGCGGGUACCACCAGUACGCUUACGAUGGCACCGACUACAUCGCCCUGAACCAGGACCUGAGCUCCUGGACCGCAGCCGACAUGGCUGCUCAGAUCACCCAGCGCAAGUGGGAGGAAAAUGGUGAGGCCGAGGAAAGGAGACACUACCUGCAGGAUGACUGCCUGGAGUUGCUCAGCAGAUACCUGACGAUGGGGAAGGAGACUCUGAAACGCACAGACCCUCCAAAGACACGCGUGACCCACCACCCCAUCUCUGACCGUGAGGUCACCCUGAGGUGCUGGGCCCUGGGCUUCUACCCUGCGGACAUCAGCCUGAGCUGGCAGCGUGAUGGGGAGGAGCAGACCCAGGACAUGGAGUUUGUGGAGACCAGGCCUGCGGGGGAUGGGCCUCCUUGGGCCACCAUCCCCCCUGUGGGCCUGGUUGUGGGCCUGGUCAUCCUUGGAGCUGUGCUCACUGGAGCUGUGGUCACUGGAGCUGUGAUGUGGAGGAGGAAGCGCUCAGGUGGAAAAGGAGGGAGCUAUGCCCAGGCUGCCAGCAGCGAUAGUGCCCAUGGCUCUGAUGUUUCUCUCACGGCUUCUAAAGCGUGAGGCUCUUGUUGGGAACUGAGUGAUGGGAGAUUUGUGAACGCUUCCACUUUGUGAUUCAAGAAUCUCUGAGUUUCCUGGACCUUUCUGUCCCGGGAACGGCUGCAGCUCUCAGCCAGCGGCGCCACCCUCCUGGCUCCUCUCUGCUCCUCUGCUCUGCUCCGCACCCUGGGGUUCCCUGCGCAGAGCCUCCAGGAUGGAAGAGGCCAUCUCCUUCGCCAAGGACUUCCUUGCCGGAGGCUUCCCAGCCGCCAUCUCCAUGAUGGCCGUGGCCCCGAUGGAGCGGGUCAAGUUGCUGUAGCAGGUGCAACAUGCCAGCCAGCAGAUCACGGCCGACAAGCAGUACAAGGACAUCAUAGACUGCAUCCUGUGCAUCCCCAAGGAGCAGGGCGUGCUGUCCUUCUGGCAGAGCAACAUAGCCAGUGUCAUCUGUUACUUCCUCACCCAAGCCCUCAAAUUUGCCUUCAAGGAUAAGUAUAAGCAGGUCGUCCUGGGGGGCGCAGACAAGCACACCCAAUUCUGGAGGUACUUCGUGGGCGCCACCUCCCUCUGCUUGUCUACCCCCUGGGCUUCGCCCAGACCACCUGGUGGUCGACCAGGGGAAAUCAGGCGCUGAGCGCCAGUUCAAGAGCCUGGUAGGCUGCCUGGUGCAGAUCUCCAAAUCGGACAGCAUCGGGGCAUGUACCACGGUUUCAACGUCUCUGUGCAAGGCAUCAUCAUCUACCGGGCAGCUACUUCGGGGUGUAGGUCACAGCCAAAGUCAUGCUCCCUGAGCCCAGGAACACCCACAUCUUCAUCAACUGGAUGAUCGCCCAGUCGGUGACGGCUGUGGCAGGGCCUGGUGUCCUACCCCUUUGACACUGUGCGGCGACAGAUAAUGAUGCAGUCGGGGAGCAAAGGAGCCGACAUCCAGUACACCGACACCAUGGACUGCUGGCGGAAGAUCUUCAAGGACGAGGGCGGCAAGGCCUUCUUCAAGGACGCCUGGUCGAACCUCUGAGGGGCAUGUGCGGGGCCUUCGUGCUGGUCUUGUACGAUGAGCUGAAGAGGGUCAACUAGGCACCCCGUCUGCCCAGACACCGGACCUCAGGGCAGCGGAGGCCCCUCACGGUUACAGACCAUUGAACUUCCAGAAAUUCCAACGUCCUCGCAGGCCAGAUCAUGGUAGCGCAGGGCGGGGCUCUAGGACGAAACCCUUCUGAUCAUGACCACUGACACCCCAUUCCACGCCUCGAUGGGGGGGAUCGCCACGCCCCGCGGGGUCUCCCGCAGGGCCGCCCCUCCCCGCCUUGGGGGCCGUUGUGUGUAGCAUUUAUUUAAGGGAAAUCAUGCCACCAUCAGUGCUUCCGCACUGUCCUCUCUGCUCAGGUGAGUAUCCUCAAAUCCCUUUUCUGUGGGACAUUCCCCAAACAAUUAAACCCAGACA